CAGACUACAAUGAGCGCGAUACCACCGAUCCACACGAGCGCUCACAACGCUGGCUCAGGCUUUGUAGCGCUCGAAGCAGCCUUGCGUCAGACCGAGCGUCCUCAUUAUACAGCUCAGCUCCCUCCAGACUCUGUAAGGGACGAAUUCGAUCGAUUUAGAAUUUGGGCAGGCAACAUCGCCGCCCAUCUGAAGGGUCGGCGCUCUCUGGAAUAUCGGCUUCGUGAUUCAGAACAUCUGAAAACGGAAACCCACAGCCUACUCACGGCGCUCCGAGACUCCAUCCACAAUGCGCUAUCGAUUGUGAAAGGCGAGAGAAAACCUUGGGAUGAGUUUUCAGAUUCAGAUAGCGACUCUGAAUCAGACUACGACCUUCCCGACAACGACAACGAGCAAGCCAAAAGCGAGCUAGAGCAGAUAUUCAACAGCAUAAAGACCACGGUGACCUGUCUCUUUAGGCUUUCAAUGGCCAUAAGAGAUCCAGCACCGGAAACGCAACAUCGCAAUACCAUCACAAUCGACAAGUCGCAUUUUGAAGGCUGGGACAUCACGCAUACGAAAUCCAAGUUUCCUGACUGCGCGCAGUAUCUACAGGAACGACUAGGACAAGCGAUAUCCGGUCGGAGGAAUUGGCUAAGCUACCGGGAGGAACAUCAUCAAAAGCUUGGCAAGAACGUAGAGUUGAUUGGGAUCGAAGCUCCCAAGACUCAAUAUACGAGCAACAGUACAGAAGCAACACCGCUUCCUGUUGUCGAUCGCGUCAACAGCUUCGAGCAACCAUUAGAUGAUAAUGAUGCUGCCUCGCAGACAUCGUACGCAGCUUCAGAAAACGAUACAUUUCGCGUACCGCGGUUGCCAAAAGUAUCACACGAGCAAGAGCAUUAUGAGUGCCCUUUUUGCUUCAUGAUUGUCUCUAUACAUACCAAAUCAGCUUGGAGAAAUCACGUCUAUCGUGACUUACACCCUUACUGCUGUACAUUCGAGGGGUGCGUUACAGCAGAUCGUCUAUACACUUCGCGUCGCGAAUGGUUCAAACAUGAACUUGAAGCCCACAGAACUUCGUGGCAAUGCAUUGAAGGUUGCGAUAGAAGAUUUGACGGAAAAGAUUCUUUUGAAAGUCACGUCUCUGCAAGCCAUCCGGAUUUGGCAUCGCCGCCAAUGCUUUCCGCUCUCAAGCGUACGUCAAUGAGAAGCGCAGAUCUAUCAACUCAGGUCCGUUGCCCAUUUUGCAGCAUACAAAUAUCACUGCGUGGAUUGCAGCGACAUGUUGGAAGACAUCAAGAACAGCUCGCUCUCUUUGCCCUUCCUUCGAAUCUUGAUGAUACUCUUGAUGAAGAGGAUACAGGAUCUGACGAGCAUGCUUCUGUUGACGUGAACAAUUGGCAAGAUGAAGAAGGUUCUGAGAUCAGCGACGUAGAUCAGACGGAUCUGGACGCUACCUAUAAUGAUCAGCCUGAAAACACAGGUUCCGAUGCUAGCAAUCGUUCCCGAACGCCCGAGAAAGAUUUGCUAGAUGACAUCGUGGACGACAGAGAUAGUCCUAGUCAUGCGCCCCGCCAUUAUCCUUCAGACGAAACAGAUCAGGCAUUACAAGAAGAAGCAAGAAUCCAAGAAAUUUUAGACGAAGCUAUUCGCAAUUUAGACGAAGCUAUUCGCAAGCAAAUGAAAGAGUGGCGAAACGGCGAAGACGAGACAGACGUUGGUCACACCAGGCGCGAAAUACAACGCGUGAUGAAAGAAUUGGAGGAUUGGAGAAGCCGUCGAGAUAACGGCGGAAUCAGCGAAGCUGUGAAGCUCGAAAUGGAACGAUUAAAAGUUCUCGAGAGGGAAGUUGAACAUAUUGAAGCUAUGGGGAAUCAGCAGCGCGAGCAUACAGUAACCGUAUCACGGAACCCCGAACAGAACCGUAAUGCAAGAGAGUCUCCAAGCGAAAAAAUCCCUUCUCAAAGCCAGAGGUUGACUGUUGAAGAAUGGUUACCUCUGCAAGGCUGGCGCCGAGCCGACCCAAGUCUCUUAUUCAGCAUUUUCGUCGGGAAUCUCAGCCCAAACGUCGACGAGCUUACUCUUAUAAAACUCUUCCAAAGCAGGUACACAUCGUGCGACUCCGCGAAAGUCAUGUAUGACCCCAUCUCUAGGAUAUCCCGCGGCUAUGGCUUCGUCCGGUUUACUAGUGAGGAGGAACAACAAAGGGCUAUAACUGAAAUGCAAGGCAUGAUUUGCGGUGACCAGCCUAUGCGCAUUUCUUCGGCGACACCCAAGAACAGGACCGAUGUAGAGGACAGCGGAAAGCAUGGAGAUAGCUCGUUAGAAAGAGAAAAAGGAGAGUUCGUGCGGCCUGGAGAACGCAAAAGGGCUGGUCAAGAUCCAGGGACGAUGAAUAUUGAGAGGCGAGAAGAGCCAAAUGAGCAAGACCAGUCAGUCUCCGCCAUGGCGUUCACGUUGUCGCGUGAGCAAAGUGGUGCCGGUAUUCAAAGACCUCCCGAUGAUAUCAUCGAACAGGAAUUCCUGAAUCUGAUAGAAAGGAGAGAGUGGAACAAGAUGCCUGAGCAGGCUCUUCAGCGGAUGAAGGCAUACGACGUUUCAAAGAAAUGGACGCUGGUCCACCAGGAUCGACUUACCCAGUUGAGCCGAGAAAGAGCUGCAGCUGGAGAGUUAAGCUCAGAGCAACGCGAAGCCAUCAGGAGAAACCAAGAAAAAAGAGAUGUUCCAUCUGCGGAAGAUCUCGGACAAACACAAUCAGGAGAUAUUGGUGCCAAUUACGAAACAGACGUUGAGGAUUAUGGAGCAGCAGUGUAUGGAGAGUAUGGAGCAGCGGCGUAUGAAGAGUAUGAAAAGCAAAGAGCUCGAGGAAGGGCUGUAGCUGGACAAAAGGAAGAAGAACAACGGCAAAAUAGCGGGAAGCAGCCCGCAAGAGAACCUGAGCGGACAAAGACUAGGCCACCUGAUAGUCUGGGCUAUACACGACGCCAGAGGCGAUCUUCCCCCAUGUCUCGGGAGGAAAGAGAAGUCAUUGAAAGACUACGACAGAAUGACAUUGCGCAACGGCAGCGUGAGCGCGAAGCAGCUGAUCGUCGCGACCGUGAAGAGCAAUUGGCCCGGGCCGCAGAUGGAUUCAAAAUAUACAAUGCAGACAAAAUACUAAAAGCUCGCGAAAGAGCACGAUUGCCUAAGGGCGAAGAGAUAUCAUCAGAGUGGAAUGCCAAUAUUGAAGCCACUAAAAAUCCCGAGCGGGAUUCCAAUGCAUCCGCAGCAGCCUUGGAUACCAACGAGGAACGGGAAGAACCCAGCUCCAUACCCUCUAAACGCGCCGCGUAUACCAAGGUUCAUAGGAAACACAUCAACAUUACUACCUUGCAACACUAUGAAAUCCCCUUCGAGUUUGAUUCUGAUAACUCUGACUAUUUCAUCAUUUUCCGUGACAUGAGUUACGACGAAACUCAGGCUCUAUUUGAGCAUACGCGUCGCCUUCGGGAAGAAGCGAGGAGAAACCCCGAUCUUCGUGAUAGCGGAGACCCCAGCGAAGUUCCUGGAAGUGAAGCCUACAAGAUAUACGGCAUGUGGAUGGAACCUCCUGACCUGGAGGAUGAAGAUAGUCAAGAAGAGGAAGUCAUCAAUCAGUCUGAAUAUAGAGAACCGCGGAGAAGGGCAGCAGCAGCUACACGCAACAAUGCAUCAGCUCUACAAAUCCACGAUGACACUCCGUCCCGGACCAACAUCCCACCACCGCACGUAUCCCCCGCUGAACCUAAUACCAGCCAAGACCCCACGUACCGCCAACGACAAAAAGACCCCCCCUGCUAUUUCUGCCAGGAGCGAAAACUUAAGUGCGAUGCAACCGAAACAACAGCAUGUUCAGAAUGCUCGAGCAGAAACCAAAAAUGCCUGCACUAA